GUCAAACAACAUCCACUUCAAAGAAAGGUGUGAAUAGCAAAUACUCUGCUGUUCCAUCUGAGUCGCCCAUUUUGGCACAAACAAACCUGGAAGUUGGUGAAGCGAUGGUCAUUGAAUCAAGUUUCGUAGGAGCUGAUGUAUCACUUGAGCUCAAUGAAAGGUAAUAAAUAUAUAUGUAUCAUAUGUACCGGAUCUUCUAACAUCAAAGGAAAUACUCCACUGAAGAGCAACUCAGAUAAUCUUCAAUAUAGCGAAAGAUUUAGCAUCUGCAAGUGUACCACAUAAUUAUGUUUGUUAAUAUAUCUAAGUAGGCAGAAAUUCAUGACCUCACACAAGCUUUGUAACUUUAAUCAUUAUUGUGAUUAAAUACAGUUUUAUCUAUCUUUAUCUAAUAAGUUCUUUGUAUGUUUGCAUGGCAAUAAAACAUAUAAUAGUUUUGUUUGUGGAAACACCACAUAAAUUUAUUACUGCAAAAACAAAUAAAAAAAAUAAUAUAAUAUUAUAUAAUAUUAUUAUAUUUAUAAUUAUUAUAAAUUUACGGUGUUUCCACAAACAAAACUAUUAUAUCUUGAUCUAAUUAUUACUCAGUGGCACAAUAAUGACUAGUUUCACUUCCUAUAUUUUCACUUCCCAUACUUCUCUUGCUCAAGACUGCAUUUAUGCAAAAAGUAUUGCAAAGCCAUUUGGGUUUUUUUCUGAUAUUCUCUGUGUGAGAGCAAAAUGAAAUACUGUACUUAAUUCAGUUGGGUAAUGAAACAAUGAUAAGUAUGUAAAAUACCACACGUAAUGUCAUAGGUUGCUAAUGUUAUUAAACCCUAUUUGCAUAAAUCUAGUUGUACUACUGAACCACUGGAUAAAGCAAAUACAUCCUUGUUCAGUGAUGAAGGAGAGUCCACUGAUGACAGUAGUUUGGAUGAGGAUGUCAGCUAAGACUUUGUGGUUAAUUGUCAUCAUUAAUGAUAUUAAAUUAAUAUCUUAUCAUUCAUGAUGCUGUUACACAGUAGAGUGUUUAGGGAAUGAACAUGUACACCAGCUGAAGUAUUGAGUCUUCUUUUAUGAAUAAUUUAUUAAUAAGAUAUAUUUUUUACAGAUUACAUGAAACUACCUUAUCUGUUAUUGAAGAAGUGAAUAAUGAUGACCAGAAUGUAGAAAGACAAAGUGAUUCAGAGUAAGGGAUACAAUGUGUUUGUGACCAGUAUUAUGUAUGUAUGACCAAUGUGUUUGUGACCAGUACUAUGUAGUAACUUGCCAUCUUUUUUAAAAUAUGAUUCCCUAGAUGGUAAAAAAGACCCAUCGAUUUCUGUCUAUUUGUAGUUUUUUGUUUGACGAAUACCCUGACUAAUCCAAAAUUCCGAUUCUAUGUGUAAUUUGCACCCCUCCUGCAUCCCCUAUAUCCCCAGUAAAUCCAUCCCUAGGAGGGUACAUCUAUUGUGUUAUUGGACUUAGUGUCGUUCCAAUUGAAGUGUUGCUCAAAUAUUGAUUCAAUACAUUACCUCGGGCUGACCAAUUCAUUUGAUCAAGUUUCUCGUGAUAUUCAUACACUUCCUGUGAAAGAGCAAAUUCCAAGUAUUUGAUCAUUUCUGGUCACUUCCUUUCUAUUUAUGAUUGGUUAGUUGCACAAACAACAAAGGUGAUUUGUGCAUUCAAACUAUUCAACAGGAAGUUUACAAUUAUACCAGGAAGUGUAUGAAUAUCUUGAGGAACUUGAUGAAAUGAAUUGGUCAGCCCGAGGUACAUUAAUGUAUUGAAUCAAUAUUUGAGCAACAGUUCAAUUGGAACGACACUAACCAGUCUUAUCGUUUUAAAAUACAAUACAAUACAAUAAUGCCACACAAGGGUGCACACUCAACAAAUUGUUGGGGGGAGGGGACGAUCUGGGACCGACUUUAGCUUUUUGAUCUGGGAUCCACUUUCUUGCAUAUAGUUUGGCCCCUUGGAUUGUAUUUAGUUGUAUUCCGGCUACAAUAUUUCGUUUUUGGGCAUUGUUUUGACAUUCUGAGGCCAAAAAUUCUUGUAGCAUAAAAUCGAGACCGACUUUUAAUGCAGUCUCGAAAAAAAUGGAAUUGACUUUUUAAAUUUGUGAACACUACCCCCCCCCCCCAACCUAUGUGCGUCACCGAUAUUACAGUACCAGCAGUUUCUCUGGUAAUAAACUCAUGUAUGGUUCUACUUUAUUAUUAGUUCCAUACAUACCAAUGAAGAUGACUUGUCUUAUCUGGAUAGCGACAAUGAUGAAAUGCUUCAUUUGGAGGGCGAUGUAAUGAUGCCCGAUGAUCAUGAGUUAGAAGAAGCUGAUGAACCUUCAUCUGACCUUCCCCAGCAGUCGCAUUCAACAUCUGUCACAUAUGGGCCACAUCGCAAGCUAAGCAGAGGGGAUGAGUUGUAUGCCAUGCAAGAAGAGAGUAAAACAGUGCAGGAAAAGAAGUUUGUUUGCUCUCUGGAUUUGCUUUUAUAUUUAUUUCAGUCAAGAUGUCAGACACCUGGGUGCACAGCUAAACCAGACACGAAGUAUCACUUUGUUGGCAUUACUGUGAUUGUCAAUUCACGUUGUUCAUCAGGACAUAACUAUAGAUUCACCUCAUCACAUGAGCUGAAUGAUAUUUAUGCAAAUAAUCUCCAGACAGCUACCUCUAUAAUGUUGUCUGGAAGCAAUUUUGCCAAAGCUGAACAGAUGGCAAAAUUCUUAAAUCUGGAAUUUAUCUCUAGUUCAACCUACUAUCGGUUCCAACGGUUGUACAUGAUUCCGGAGAUAAAUGAGUGGUGGUCUUCCAUGAGGAGUGAAAUUAUAGGACAAUUUCACGGGAAGGAUGUAGUUGUUGGAGGUGACGGUCAAUGUGACUCACCAGGCUUCAAUGCCAAGAAUCUAUGUUACUUCAUGGUUGAGGUAGAGUCCCAUUAUAUUCUUGACAUUGAAGUCUUGGAUAAGAGACAUGUUGACCUAAAAUCCACCAACAUGGAAAAAGAGGCAGUCCAUCGAAGUCUAGAUCGAUUAAGAAAUGAUUUGAAGGUGGUUGAGCUGGUUACAGAUGCAUCCACAUCUGUAAAAGCAUUACUUGGUAUGUUGAAUCACCAGUUUAUUACGCUCAAGGGUUUACAUUAA